GGCUGGGAAGCAGCGUUGGUAUGAUAUGAGCAGAUAGGGGGGCAGGAAAACAUCAGUAUUUCUCUUGUAAAUCAGACAGUCCGUCAGAGAAGCAGUUCCUCUCCUGCUCGCGCUCAUGGCCGCCGCCCAGGAACAACGCAGCCCCAGCAGGAAGACAUAAACCGGGCGGGCGAGGCUUUGUUCCCUCGGUUUAUCCCAGCGGACCGUUCGCCUAUGAUGGAACGGGCGAUGGAGCAGCUUAAUGUACAGCUCAACCGGCUGACCCGUUCUCUCCGCCGGGCCAGGACCGUCGAACUCCCGGAAGACAGUGAGACUGCAGUGUACACACUGAUGCCAAUGGUCAUGGCUGACCAGCACAGGUCAGUUUCAGAGCUGCUGCUCAACUCCAAGUUUGAUGUAAACUAUGCCUUCGGACGAGUGAAGAGAAGUCUGCUGCAUAUUGCUGCCAACUGUGGCUCAGUGGAGUGUCUGGUUCUGCUGCUGAAGAGAGGAGCCAACCCAAACUACCAGGACAUCUCAGGCUGUACCCCUCUGCACCUCGCUGCCCGCAACGGACAGAAGAAGUGUAUGGGCAAACUGCUGGAAUAUAAUGCUGAUGUCAACAUCUGCAACAAUGAGGGACUGACUGCUAUCCACUGGUUGGCAGUGAAUGGCAGGACAGAGCUCCUCCAUGAUCUGGUCCAGCAUGUGUCCAACGUGGAUGUGGAGGACGCCAUGGGACAGACAGCUCUACAUGUGGCCUGUCAGAACGGACACAAAACUACGGUGUUGUGUCUCCUGGACAGCGGGGCUGACAUCAACAGGCCCAACGUCUCCGGAGCCACGCCCCUGUACUUUGCCUGCAGCCACGGCCAAAGAGACACAGCUCAGAUCCUGCUCUCUCGAGGAGCCAAAUACCUCGCUGACAAGAAUGGAAUCACCCCUCUGGACCUCUGUGUGCAGGGUGGAUACGGGGAGACGUGUGAGAUCCUUAUCCAGCACCACGGCAGACUUUUCCAGACCCUCAUCCAGAUGACACAAAACGAUGAUAUGAAGGAGAACAUGCUCCGGCAGGUUCUGGAGCAUGUCUCUCAGCAGAGUGACGGUCAUUACCAGAGGAUCUUGACCAGUCUUGCUGAAGUGGCCACCACCAAUGGACACAAGCUUCUCAGCCUGUCCAGCAGUUACGAAGCUCAGAUGAAGAGUCUGCUGAGAAUCGUUCGUAUCUUCUGCCAUGUGUUCCGCCUGGGGCCUUCGUCUCCCAACAAUGGCAACGACAUGGGCUACAAUGGCAACAAGACGGCUCGCAGCCAGGUCUUUAAGCCGUUGGAGCUGCUGUGGCACUCCCUGGACGAGUGGCUGGUGCUGAUCUCCACAGAGCUGGACCGGAACAGGAAGAACCCGUCUUCCUCCUCCUCCAGCAGCGAGAUUGCCUCUCUGCUUCUCAAACAGCGGGAGGUCGACCACUCCGGCUCCCCGCCAAAGCUCCCCGCCCUGAUGGACCCUCAGACUGUCAUGGAAACGGAGGUGUACGCAGACGGGGAGGACGUCAUCUCCAUGACAGCCAAUCGGCUCAGCGCUGUGAUCCAGGCCUUCUACAUGUGCUGCUCCUGUCAGAUGCCACAAGGGAUGACGUCCCCACGCUUUAUCGAGUUUGUCUGCAAGCACGACGAGGUGCUCAAGUGUUUUGUGACCAGGAACCCAAAGAUCAUCUUUAACCACUUCCAUUUCCUCCUGGAGUGUCCAGAGUUGAUGUCACGCUUCAUGCAUAUCAUUAAGGGCCAGCCCUUCAAGGAUCGCUGUGAGUGGUUCUAUGAGCAUCUGCUGGCUGGCCAGCCAGACUCAGACAUGGUUCAUCGCCCGGUCAACGAGAACGACAUCCUGCUCAUCCACAGAGAGUCCAUAUUCAGGAGCAGCUGUGAGAUGGUUUCCAAGUCCACCAAUGAGAAACUCAAACAGGGCAUCGCUGUUCGCUUCCACGGCGAGGAGGGCAUGGGCCAGGGUGUUGUGCGGGAGUGGUUUGACAUCCUGUCCAAUGAGAUCAUCAACCCAGACUAUGCUCUGUUCACUCAGUCAGCUGAUGGUACCACUUUUCAACCCAACAGUAACUCAUCUGUAAACCCGGACCACCUGAACUACUUCCGGUUCGCAGGCCAGAUCCUGGGUCUGGCUCUGUACCACCGACAGUUGGUCAACAUCUACUUCACCCGCUCCUUCUACAAACACAUUCUAGGUAUCCCAGUGAACUACCAGGACGUGUCGUCCAUUGAUCCAGAGUAUGCCAAGAACCUGCAGUGGAUCCUGGAUAACGAUAUCAGCGAUCUGGGUCUGGAGCUCACCUUCUCUGUGGAGACGGAUGUGUUCGGGGCCAUGGAGGAAGUGCCGCUUAAACCUGGAGGCACCAGCAUCCUGGUCACCCAGGACAACAAGGCCGAGUACGUCCAGCUGGUGACGGAGCUGAGGAUGACGCGAGCCAUCCAGCCUCAGAUAAACGGCUUCCUGCAAGGAUUCCACACCUUCAUUCCCCCCUCACUCAUUCAGCUAUUCGACGAAUAUGAAUUGGAGCUCCUGCUGUCAGGGAUGCCAGAGAUCGAUGUGCAGGAUUGGUGCAGGAACACUGAGUACACCAGUGGCUACGACCCUCAGGAGCCAGUCAUCCAGUGGUUCUGGGUGGUGGUGAACAGUCUGACUCAGGAGGAACGGGUUCUUCUGCUUCAGUUUGUGACUGGAAGCUCCAGGGUUCCUCAUGGCGGCUUCGCCUACCUGAUGGGAGGCAGUGGUUUACAAAAGUUCACCGUUGCUGCAGUGCCAUACACCUCCAACCUACUGCCUACCUCCAGUACCUGUAUCAACAUGCUGAAACUCCCCGAAUACCCGAGCCAGGAGGUCCUGAGGGACCGGCUGCUGGUAGCGCUGCAUUGUGGGAGCUACGGCUACACCAUGGCGUGAACAUCCUAUCAGUUCCGCGGACACUCUUUUUGUAGCCAGCCGCUGCUUUUGCUGGACAAAAAAAAAAAAAAAAGGGAGAUUGUUAUUUAGGGAGCUGCUGCAGAGGCACAGAGGAGACGACAGGCUCUGGAUCUCCACAGCUGUGCCACAACCUCUAUUUUUACUAUCGAAGCUUCUAUUUGGUCAUUUAUGCCAAGAAUUAUUCUAUAUGCUCUAAAUUUGACUAUUUUCAUGUAUGCAUUUAUUUAAGGCAGAAACAGCAUUUAUAUGUCAGUGCCUUGCAGAAGUAUUCAGCCCCCUUGGCAUUUUUUACAACCUGUAAUUAAAAUGGAUUUUUGGGGGGUUUGUGUAAUCAGCCUACACAAAAUAGACAAAAUUGGUGAGGGUCCGAUACAAAAAUUCCCAAUAAAAAUCGAUUGAAAUUACAAGUUGUAAUGCAACAAAAUUGGAGAAACACAGAGAGGGGUUAUUACUUUUGCAAGGCGCUGUACUGUCAAUCCUCUACUUAAAAACAACCCAAUGAUAAUAACAUAUCCAUGCAUGCUUACUGAAUGUCAAAUAUCCAUUUUGUUUUUACGGAGCUUUCUAUAAGGAACCAGUGCAGAAUAGAUCAGUUUCAAACAUUCAGACCAGUCAAACUGGAUCAUAUCCAUAUUUCAGCUUCAUGGUGCAGGUUUCUAUAAUGGAUCAGCACCAGGCCCACAUGUACUGGAAGAAUAGAACAAGUCUACAUUUUUGCCUCAUUUGUAAUUUUUUUUUUUUUUUUUUUUUUUUUGCGUUGAUCUCGCUGUUGUAUCAGUGACUCUUCUCCAUCAAAAGCACUCACUGUCAGAGCCAAGCUGCCAAUAUCAUACCUGAUUUUUUUGUUUGAUACCUUAUCGCACAGUAAAUCAACCAAAAAUAUUUUUAUUUUCAAUAAGCCAAACACCAGGAAAUACAAUCAAACCAAUGCGCUAUGUGGCCAAAAGUUUGUGGACAGCGUAACAUUCAU